AUGAAGAAUCAAUCAAUAGCAGAUUUCAUUCUCAUAGGAUUGACAGAUGACCCACACUUAAAAAUUGUGGUUUUUCUAUUUCUGUUUCUGAACUACACACUGAGCCUGAUGGGCAACUUAGUCAUUAUCCUUCUCACUCUGCUAGAUCCUCGUCUCAAGAUGCCAAUGUAUUUCUUCCUACGAAAUUUCUCCUUUUUGGAAAUCAUAUUCACAACAGUGUGCAUUCCCAGAUUCUUGGUAGCUAUUGUGACUGGAGAUAAAACCAUUUCUUAUAACAGUUGUGCUGCACAAUUAUUUUUUAUUCUUUUACUAGGAGUUACAGAGUUUUACCUCUUGGCUGCCAUGUCUUAUGAUCGCUACGUGGCCAUCUGCAAACCUCUGCAUUACCCAAUUAUAAUGAACAGCAAGGUGUGCUACCAACUCGUGCUCAGCUCUUGGGUAACUGGAUUCUUAAUCAUCUUUCCCCCUUUGGUCAUGGGGCUAAAGCUGCACUUCUGUGAUUCCAACAUAAUUGACCACUUUAUGUGUGAAACUUCACCUAUUCUUCAGAUCUCAUGCACAGAUACACAUGUCCUUGAAAUGAUGUCUUUUGUGCUGGCUGUGGUGACGCUAGUGUUCACAUUGAUAUUAGUGGUUCUUUCUUAUGGUUAUAUAAUUAAAACCAUUCUAAAAUUCCCUUCUGCACAGCAAAGGACCAAAGCUUUCUCCACUUGUACUUCCCACAUGAUUGUUGUCUCUAUGACAUAUGGUAGCUGUAUUUUUAUGUAUAUAAAACCAUCUGCAAAAGAAAGAGUGUCUACAUCUAAAGAUGUGGCAUUGCUGUAUACUUCAAUUGCCCCUUUACUAAAUCCCUUCAUUUAUACUUUAAGAAACCACCAGGUGAAAGAAGUCUUUCAUGAUGUAUUACAGAAGAUUUUGUGUUUUCAAGAAAAGUAG